CUCGUAGUUUGGUUCCUACAACAGAUCAAAGAUGAACAAACUACCAAUUUUCUUAACACUGUUCAUCCCCGCAUUUGGAGCUAAACUAAAUCAGUAUCUUCCUCCAAGGCCUGAAAAUGACAACGUGCAAUACCAACCUCCAGCACUUCCCACUCAACCUUUUGCCACACUUAAUCAGUUCCAACAACAGUUCGCUACUCCAAAUAGUCAGCAGUUCCGCAGACAGCACUUGUCUCCAAAUAAAGAUGAGGAAUCAAGUCAAGCUUCUAGUUCAUUCAGUCACAUUUCUCAACAAUUUGAGAAACCAUCUAGCCUGUUUGGCCAUGAAAAUGAUUUCAAUGGUAAUAGAUAUGAUAAUAAUAACCAACAAUAUAUGGCUCCAAAUAUACAAGAUGCUUCUGGUCAAAGUUCUAGUGUCUCCGGAAAGUUCCAGCACCAAAUUCCUUUUAACGUUAACGGGCAUGUAACUUUUGGCAGACACUAUUUAGGGCCCAACAAAAUAGACUCCUCUGGACACAGUUCUAACUCAUUUGAACAAAUACAAAAUCAUAACUCUUUUAACAGCCAAGGAUCGUAUACAAGCUUUGAACCAAUAUCUUCCAAUCAAGUACCAAUUAGUGAAAAUAGUAACUCUGUUCUACCAUCAUUAAAUUCUUUUAACCAAAACGCAGACUUUUAUAACAAAUUUGGACAUUUAGGAUCAUUUUCCAAUAGAUUUCAUGAACAGUCAGGACAAGCUCCAUUUAACGGUCAAUUUUCUGGUUCUCCAUCCGCACCAAUUGGAUUAAUCCAAAAUGAAUUCAAGUAUAAUACCUCAAGUGCAAAUAAUAAAUACCCAGAAAAUGUAAAUAGUGAAUAUCAAAAAAGUGGACCACGCGAACAAUCUCCAUUUGCUUCAGAAGCAAAUAGACAAGAGGCAUAUUUCUUAGGUCCAAAAUCCUUUGUAAAGGAAAACAACGGUUAUCAAUAUUCUAAUCUAUCCAAAUCAAACAGCUUUGCCGAUCAAGGUAUAUUUGCGUCCCAACAAAGCAACAGAGUGUCACUGUUUGGAGGACAACAGGGGUCCAAGUUUAAUUUUGGACAAAAUGAUAAGGGAUACCAACAUUUAGCUCCUAAUUCUGCCAAAUCAAAUUUUGGAUAUCAUGAUACUUUUUCUUCACAACAAUCUACAUCUUCGUUUGGCUUGCCAACUUUCAGACAGCAAAAAUGUGCUCCUAAAGAUUUUGUUCAACAAACUAUUGGUUAUCAAUAUCCAGUUCCUGAAAAAUAUCCUUUUUCUUUUCACCAAAACAAGCAAGUCGCUGCUUUUGGACCCCAAUUUCCUGAAAGAUUUCAGUACAGAACUCCUGAACAGUAUUCAUCGCCUACUCAAGAAAGCGCACAGUUCAAUCCAUUCCAAGGACCAAAUAGCCAAAUCUCAAGUUUUCCUAGAAACCAAGAGGUCAAGAGCCAGUCAACAUUUCAAACCAAAGAACAACAGAAAGUUACACCUGGACAAUUUGGCACAGUUCAAGAUAGCAACGGUGGUUACAAAUACUAGACAGUGAUAUUAUCUUUAAAAAAUAUAUAUG